UGGGUCAGGUUAGGUUUAAGCAGUUGCUUAAAUGUUUACGCAGAUGAAAAAAAAUUAUUUAGCGACCAUUUUGCAAGACGUUGCAGCAGGUGCCAAAAGUAACCAAAAGUAAAAAUAAUAUUUGCGAGCAACGUGUUGUGUCGUAUUAUAGAGUUGGUGUCAUAGUGUUUGCUUGUCAUAAUCCUUAACUUUUAAGUUUUAUUUCAUAAUAGAAACUUCGAAUGCAGGAUUUAUUGUCUUCUUUCGACACAUUGCCAUCAAAGCAGAAUAGACGAUUUAGAUUUAGAAAUAAUUGCUAUGAUAUGAUGAAUGAUCGACGAUAAAAGCGACUUCUGGUAGGGAACCAUGAAACGAACAAAAUGAAAAAGAAUUACAAUAUUGGUACUGAUCUCAGAAUAAGUAAUAAUUUUGAAAUUACAAGACGCUUAUACAGGAAUAUAACUGAAAUUGCUAAGAAACUGGAAGAGCAAAAAAAUCAUGCUCUUACAAUCAUCGAUGUUUUUACACCAAGUGGAGAGGCAUUACGAUCUAAACUAAGAGAUUAUUGCGAGAGAUUAAUAAUCGAAGAUCCUGUCAAUCAUGUGCAAAAAACAGAAGAAUUAUUAUGGAGAAGAGGAUUUUAUGAUAUUGUGGCUACUGCAAAAAAGUUACGAAAGGGAAAUAACUGGAAUGACAUGGAAAAAGCAUUUUUAUCGGCACAUUUAUCCGUGGGUGUGGGAUUUUAUCAUCACUUGAUCUUGCGUUUGCAAUUGGAAUACGACUUAAAUCUUACAGGUGUAUUAGAUUUUGCUUAUCCACAAAGUCAAAAACAAACGGUUUAUAUCGAGAAAUGUAUUAAUCCAUUGAAAAUACAAACUGCAGAAUUAAAAAAAUGUGUCUUUCAUUUUAUCCAUCGAAGCUUGGUGUGCCUUGGAGAUUUAGCAAGGUAUAGAUUGGAUCUUGAUCCAAAUUGGGAUCCACAAAUCGCCACAAGAUAUUACAAAAUGGCAGUUGCCGUUAACAACAAACACGGUAUGCCACAUAAUCAAAUGGGCACAGUAGCCAGUAACAGAAAUUAUGGACUCGACGCCGUGUAUCAUUACAUGAGAAGUAUUUUGUGUCAAGAACCAUUUGAAGGAGCCGAGGGUAAUUUAAAAAGAACUGUUACCGUUCAUGCCUUUAAUGGUAAAGAAAAAUGUUUAGCACAAUGUUGCGUUGCAAGAUUACUUUUAUUACUACAAUUGUGGGACAACAAUUCCAUGAAUACCGAUCGCAUUAAUCAAGAAACGCAACUCCUCCUACAAGAUAUUGAAAAUUGUUUAAAUGUUAAAAAAUCUCAUAAUAUUGACUACAAAUCUGCUGAAAAUCAAGAUAGUAUCGAAAAUUAUUUGUCUUGCUAUAAAAACUAUGAAGCCUCUAAUUUAACGGACGACAUGAUUUUCAAAAUCAUUGUCAUUUGCCUCAUGAAAAUAUUGAAAAUACAAAUGAAAGAAUCGAACGACGCCCAUGGAAUUAUAACUUUUGUAUUAGCUGUAUUUUCUCAAUUAAUACAAUUCGUUGUUAUGAGAUUGCAAGAAUCACUCCUAAAUGUAUCUGUGGAAAAUAGAAAUAACAAAUUAGAGAUUAUGAAUGAUGAUACUGACGAGAUUACUAAUAGCGUGCACGAUACCAAUGAAGCUGAAAAUAAAAAUGAAAACAACAAUGACUUAAAAAUUCGUCCCCAUAAAUCUGAUUGCUUUAACGAUACCAAAAAAAUUGAAGUAAAUGGCAAUCAUGUAGAUGAAAAGAUAAAAAAACAUAGAGACAAAUCAAAAUAUCUUUUGACAAAGCUUCGACGACCACGCAAUCGUAGAAAUAGCUCCGAUUCCGACGCCAGUGAUGGGGAAGUAACAGUUUUAGAAUCAUCGAGCGAAGACAUAAAUUCUGAUGUUACUGAAACGGAGGCCGAUGUUUUGAGCGAUGAGAAUAUUCUAUCGGAUGAAGUUUUAUCUGACGAUUUAACGGAUGACGAAAACCCUGCUACUGGAAAAAAAACUGAUAACAAAGAUACCGUUAGCGAACAAAUUAACGGGCACGAUAAAGAUGAAAAAUUUAUAGAGGAAAGUGAGAACGAAGAUCAAAAUGACGUGACAAAAAUUAUUGUAAAUAAUAAGGGCAAAGAAUCGGAGGAUAAAACUGAAGUGACAAAAAAUUCAAACGAAUCCUGCGACGAAAAUACUACUUUAAUAAAUACACUUCCAUAUAUCGCUCAAAAAGAGAAAAAUCCAAUCAAAGUUUUAGCAGCUUUAAAUAACGAAAGAAUAUUGAUUUCUAUUAAAGUUUGUUGUGAUUGGUUACAAGGGCAUCACGAUAUUAUAAGGACAUGCACCAAAGAAUCAAAAUCAUUGUUAAAACGAUUUAUUGCAUUGCUAAAUUUGAUAAAUCUUGAUGGCGAGGAUCUUCUUAAUAAAUGGAACAAGGAAUUAGAAAUUUUUUCAUGCUCAGAAAAGCUAAAAGAGACCGUUGAAAGUGUACCUCUACCAGAGGACAUUGAUGUAAGAGGUUUGAAAAUGUUUGAAAACGCUCAUAAAAAUAUUAAUUGGGAAAUUUUAAGAAGAAGAAAAGUAAUGGAAUACGAAGAAACGUUGUUAAGAGCUCUCAAGAUAGUUAAAUUUGGUCAUUAUUUAUGUUUGAUGAAAGAUUCUGGAGUUAUAUAUGAUGAUAAUCAAAAUUUAUUUAUUGUACUAGAUCAAAAAAAUAAUAUAAAGAAAGAAAAUCAAAUUGAUAAUAAGAUUCUGGAAUUAGAUCAUUCAAAAGGGAAGCUCAUGAGGCAUAUGGGUAAAUUGUGGCUUAAAGCAGAGGUUCGGGCUUUAGAAAAUCGUUUACAUUUUAGAUUAAUGUCUCCGUACUUGGUGCCGGAUCACGAAGCCUUUUCAAAAUUCAUGCCCAUUCUAAAACACUUGGUUUAUGCUAAAAAGUUUAUCGUUGUUAUUCCAUCAGUUGUGGUAUCUGCGCUAGAUGAGCUGAAGAAAUCAAGUAUUCAUGCGAGAGAAGCGACUAGAUGGCUAGAAACUCAAUUACAAUGUGGAUCUCAAUUUUUAAGAGCACAAAGACCUCACGAAAAAUUACCAUUACCUUUAAUCAAAGAACCAAAAUCCAAAGAUAAAGAAGCUUGGCUAUACUUCCAAAUAAUAGAAUGUUGUCAUUAUCUAACUCAACAAAACAAGGCAGGCGACACGGAGAUUCCAGUUGUGACAUUACUAACUGGUAUCGACGAUAAAAAAGUAUUUAGUUUCAGUCCAGAUGGGUUAGCUAAAAGUGCCGGUGUGAAUUUCGAACACAUCAGUGCUUUUCAUGCAAAAUGGAAAUUGUCUGUUAAAAGUCAUGGUUGAAGGAAAACAAACGUACAUUGACAUUUGAAUUUUGUCGAGUCAACAGAGAAAUAAAUGCUCAACUUGCCUUUUGAGCUCUACACGAGAGUGCAAGUACAAGAAUGGUUGAUUUGGCGAACAAGGGUUGGAAACCCAAGAAGGGGCUCGCUUAUAAUGAUACGCUAGCUUCGGCCCCGCCGCCUAGCCAUCCGAGAAGCGACAUUUUUAAUAAAUCUUAAACAUUUAUUUAA